AUGUCGACUAAUGAACUAGGGCCUGGACUAAAAGGCAUCUCUUUAAAUAUGAUGGUUAUGCAGGCCAAUACAAUGAAAUUAAGUAAUCAGGAAGCUAGCCGUUCAAAUGAUUCUAAAGACGAACCUUGUUCUAUUAAUGAAUCCUCUAGUAUUGACCGCCAUUCUUCAGAUGAAAGUUCACCUGGAGUAAAAAUUAUUGAAGACCGGUGUCCCGAAAAGAUGACUAUAUUGGAAUUGGCUGAGGAUGAUGUUUCACGAGCGGUAAUACAGCGAAAACAACCGCUUAUGGAACUGGUUAGUUCCGAAGAAGGUUACGUCCGGCGUUUGAAGCUGGUAAAGGAUUUCUACAUACCUGCUGUUAAUGCUCCAACUACAGCUCAAUCAAAUGCCGAAAACAAUAUGGGAGUAUCUAGCUCACUACCUCACGGUGAUUCUCAUGCCUCCCCACCUGUUGCUCCAGAGGAUUUAGCAGCUCGGUGGAGAAUCAUUUGGGGAAACUGGAUUCAGCUCUACGAAUGGCAUUCGGCGUUCCUUGAAAAGCUAGUCAGCGUUGUGGAUAGUGAUCCUGAUCGCAUACCAAAGCUUUUUAUUGACUCACGAGCUCGUUUAAGGUCUAUAUACUCAAAAUAUUGUGAAAACCAUCGAAAGGCAGCUUUAAUUGCAGAGCAGUAUCGUGAUUUUUUCGAGGAGUUGCGGAUUUUUAUUGGCGACAAAGAGGACGUCGUCUCACACUUAAUGCAGCCAGUACAGCGUAUCAUGCGCUACCAACUUCCUAUUGCAGAGAUUCUUAAGUACACUCAACGUGCCUGUUCACCUGAUCUUUUACUGUGGAAAAAGACUCUUGAAAUUAUGAAAGAAAUUCCAAAGGAUACGCAACUAAUUUUGGAGGCUGCUCGUAUAGAUGGCUUCCCUGGAGUGAUAACCGCUUUGGGAAACAUAUUAUUACGCAGUGAUCUUCUAGUAGCAACUACUACUCGUGAGCAAUUGUUAGAAACUGUCACUGCCUAUAAAAUGGCUCUUCAAAAUGUAAACAGUGGCGUUUUUUCUGAAAAUAAUACAUCACUUAACAGAACUCCUCAUAUUGGGCGAUCUGGGGUAAAUACAGGUGCAUUACUUUCUACAGACACUUCAGUCACUCUGUAUUCGUCCUCAGUUACACCAAAUAAUUUGGGAUUGCCUCUUGUUGAAAGCUGUAACUCUGUUAUUUCAGAAGGAAAUGAACUUUUUACAGGAAAUCUAAAGUUUGUAGAAUCACGUUUGUUUUUAUUCGAGCAAAUGCUACUCGUAACAGAAGAAGUUAAACCAAAACGUCGUGUAACUACUAGUGAUACAUUUUCCCAGUCUACUUAUCAAUUUAAAGCUGCUAUAAAUGUCAACAAAAUGCGUUAUGAAUCUCAUUGGUACAACUGUACCCUUUCUAGUGGUCACAUAAAUUCAGAAGCUGCAACUGUUGAUCAACUUUUGUGCAGUGGUUACUCACCUGACGAUUUGCGGUUUGCAAUUUUAGACCAAACUCCUGGGAAAGACUUCGUCUAUGUUAUUGAUCCUAUUACUUGUUCGAAUAGAGAAGCAUGGGUUGUACAGUUACGUGAUAUUCAGCAUAUGCAGCACGAAUUUUUGCUUGCUCUCCAAGAUCCAAGGAAAUUCAACACUAGCGCUCGGGAUGAAGGAUGGGCUAAAGAUUCAUUAACACAUGAACCUACGUCAACUUUUAGUACAGAUCAAUCUGUACGAACCGAUGCUCAGUUAUCUAUCUCAAUAUCUCCAUGUAAUCAAGCAAGUCAACAACCACAUAAAAAGUGGCCAAGCUUUACAAUGAAACGCCCAGUUAGACUAGGUUCCAACUCAUCUUCCAUAGGCACAAAAGAGAUUGGAACAGGAAAACAGUCUUCCGGUUCACGCCCAAUUAUCCCUCUUAAAUCAGGAUCUCAAGAUCGACCAGUUUGUCUUGCUCGCUCUUUGUCUGCUGAGCGUCAAUUUUCGAAUCGAGAAAAUCUUGUAGAUUCCAAUUUCCGAUCUGGUGAUGAUGUGUGUGACCCAUCAGUUUACCGCAAAUCUUCUCAAAGUGCAAAUAGUUCCUUAAAGCUGACCAAUCAAUCUGUUAGCUCAAAACCUUCAGAUAAUAUUUUACAAAAUGAAACUACUCCACAUUUGAAAGGUGGAUUGUUGAAGAAAAGAAAUGCUUUUGUCAACUUCUUUAGUCGUGGCAAACCUAAGCUUAGGGGUAAACACCACCAAGGUCAGCAUCAUUUAGUUGUGCCAUCAGGAUUACAGGCGAAAUUAGAAGAAAAUGAAACUGCCUCCGACUGUUCAUUUCCUAAUUCCAAUGAUCACGUUUGUAAUUCUGAGGUAAAUUUAGGGGACAAUCCAAUCAUAUCAACUGAUAAUAUACCUGGUAUAAAACCUCAUUCUUUGCAAUUUACAACUGAAUGA